AUGGCUGAUUCUGUUCAGACCAGCCCAAUAUCGCAACCUUCUAAGCAAACAAGACAAUCUCCCAGCGAGUCUAGACCAAGGGCCGAUAUUGCCAGCAAAUCCUCGACGGAUUCUCCCUUGACUCUUGAUACAAAAGGACCCGAGCCCGCUCCUCCCCUUAGUCUCCUUUCAUCCGAUUCAUCAUCAGCUUCUCUCACAUCAUCUCCAUCAACCCCAAACAAGCCUCCCGCCUCCCGGCCAGCCACCACGUUGUCCCAACGAGAAAAGUCAGCACCAGCUGGAGAGUCGUCCAAAGAUUCAAGCAGCUCGACAAAGGACCCUGCGCCAGCAACAACAGCAACAAAACCCGCCCCGUCCUCAUCACCCGUAGAUAAAGACCCUGGUCCGGCACCGCUCAGGCGAGCUUUAUCCUUCAAGAUCCCCCUCAAAGUCAACACCGAGACGGCCAACGGCUCCUCGUCAACCUCUUCCACACCCAGCCGGUCCCGCGCCUCAUCCGCCGUGUCCGAGUCUAACAACAACAAUAACAACAACAACAACAACAACAACACUCCGGAAAAGUCCACCGCCUCGCCGCUCCACCAGCGCACCCGAUCCAAAAACGUCUCCCUCUCCUCCAUCGGUGAAGUGACCAGCCCGGUUCCUCACCAACUACCCCUGCCCGCCUCGCCGUCUUCGCCCCCGCCUGCGCAAGACAGCAGCAGAAGAAGCCCCGCGGUCGACGUCCAGGACCCGGAGCCAUCCGCAACCGCACCAUCGCCGACUUCGAGCCGCUCCCCGACCGAGCAGUUCCUUUUCGACCGAGGCCUCCUCCCCGAAGAGCCCUCUCAGAAGAUCCCAUCCCCGCUCGCACUACAAUCCGUCCUGCAGUCGCAGCUCACCAGCUACCUAGCCACAAUGUCUGCCCAGCCGGCCAAGACCCCCAGCGUCGAGCAGGUCUCGCCCCAGCAGCAGUACCAGCAGCCCCCUCAGAACAUGCGCAUGGCCCCCAUGCCGCAGCCCGGCCUGCCGGUUUCCGCACCACUCCCCGGCCUGUCUGGCCAGGCCAACAGCGUUGUUGGCAACUUGCUAAAGGGCCCCGUCGGCCCCAACGGCCAGCUCAAAGAUGCCGCGCUCAUGGUCGGCAUCAAGUUGGAUCUAGAAGCCGAAGUCCAUCUAACCGCCCGAGUACGUGGUGACAUCAUUGUCGGGCUAUAUUGA